CAGCCGACACAAGCUCUGUAGUGUGCGUGCAGUGAACACGUCUCUCUUCGAGCUGUGGCAACCAGGAUCGACUUUGCCUGCUUAGGAUUUUUAACUUUACCUGUUCCAACUAAAUCGGAAUCAUGCAACAACAACAGACAACCGUCACGAAGACAUCGUCUUCCUCCACGUACCGGCCUGCCAUGAAUAUUCGUUCAACUAUUGUAAACAGAAACCAAUUUCGUUCUUCUCAUGGAGGCUCUCCUGGGUUUUCCUUCUCUCAGAGAAGCUCCAUUAGUCCGGCUUAUGCUCCUGGAACUUACCAGCAUCUGUCCACCUCAGGAGUUGCCAAUGUCCGCGACAGUCGCCAAAAGGAAAAGAAAGAGAUGCAAGGGCUCAACGAACGCCUUGCUGGGUACAUCGAGCAAGUGCGUUUCUUGGAGGCCCGCAUCAAAAUGCUUGAGGAUCAGCUGGCCCAGAUGGGACAUCGGGAAAAGUUCGACCUCCAGCCUAUCAGGGAUAUGUACGAGGCUGAGCUUAACCAGGCUAGGACAGUCAUUGACGAUUUGUCCAAGGAAAAAGCCUCAGUAGACGCAAGGAUCGCCGGUCUCCAGGACGAAGUCCAGAGACAAGCUGGAGUAAUCGACAUUCUUGAGAAGCAUAAGCUGGACUACAUUUCCAAGAUCAACCAAUUGACCACCCAGGUUGGAGAGUACGAGGGCGAGCUUGGCUCCCUCCGCCUGAGAAUCAGGAACAGCGAGGAUGAGAACGAAAAGAUCCGUGAACUCCUCAACAGGGCCAAUGAUGAUCUGAAGAAAUUCAGGGCCGACCUUGACGGUGAGACUGCUGCCCACAUCGAGGCUUCCAACAGGGCACAGACCUUCGAGGAGGAGUGCGAGUUCCUCAGGGCUCUUCUGGACAAGAUCCCACAAGAGACACAGCAGACAACCAGGAUCGCCGGUAUGGAUAUGCGCGCCUGGUGGGACAAGGAGAUGGCCCAGGCCAUCAGAGACCUCUCCACCGAGUACGAGAACGUCGUUGGCACCAUGAGAGACGAUAUGGAGAUGAGAAUGAAUGCUCAGGUGAGACAGCUCCAGAGCGGCGCCGUGAAGGACAACUUGGAGAGUACCCAUCUGAGGGAGGAGGUGAAGAAACUCAAGGGCAGCCUGUCCGACAGGACCAGCGCUCUCAACGACGCCGAGGCUAGGCUGAGGACCCUGGAGGCUGAGUUGAACGAUCUCGCCCGCCAGCUGUCCGAGAGCCGUCGGGACACUGAUGAGCUGAGACUGAAAUACCAGACAGAUGUCGACCGUCUGCAGUCCGAGCUGGAGACCUGUCUGCACGAGCUGCAGCUCAUCAUGGACGCCAAGCUGUCCCUGGAACUGGAGAUCUGCUGCUACAGGCAGUUGUUGGAGGGUGAAGAGAACAGGGCUGGUCUCAAACAGAUCGUUGAACAGGCAGUUGGGGUGCAAGGAUCUGGAGCUCAAAAACUUAGUGAAUUCAUCACAACCUCAAGCUCCUCCAGCUCGGCUGUUGGACAUAGCACUGGAACAAACCGUUCUGCAGGCAUGAACAGCGAGGCUUCCGGUAGAAUGACCCAGUCAAGGUCGUCCCGUGGACCAAUCGCCUUCGUCGAGGCAUCUAUUGACGGAAGUUACAUCAUGAUUGAGAACACCACCUCUGGAUCAAAGGGAAAGAAUCAGGAUCUGUCCGGAUGGACGCUCAAAAGGAGCAUUCCCGGCAAGGCUGACGCCGUCUUCACCUUCGGCAACACCGUUCUGAAGCAGGGCAACAAGCUGAGGAUCUAUGCUGCUGGCAACCCCCCAGGCCCCGGCGACAAAAUCCCCUGCGACUACAUCAUCAACAAAGAAUGUUUCUCCUGGGGAGGCGGCUCCGGCACCACCAUUCUCCUUGACGAAGGCAACAACGAGAAGGCUUCUCUGAAAUCAACAAUCUCCGGACUGAAGUAAACGACCAACUACACUGAGCGCGCAACAAAGAACGCCGACCAGUUCUAGACAGUACUAGAACAUCUGCUCUGUCAAUAUACAUAACAUUUCAGUUCCACUUUUAAUUGGCUUUAUAGGGCUCCUUGCCAAAGGCCAGUCUUACAACAGUGUUUAGUCUUUAGUGUUUAGUUCACUCUUAGAAAGUUGUCCAGAAAUAUAUAUUUUUUAUUAGCCAUUUUUGGUUCAGUUGCUCAACGAGUAUUAUGUCUGAUUCUGAAAACGGUGGGAGAAACUGGAAUGAAAACAUUCGUCGGUUCUGAUGUUCUUAAUGCUCGUGGUCAGGUAUGAAAACCGGAAUGGUCAGACUGUAAUCAAUCAUGCUUCUAUGCUGAAAUCAAAGUCUUGCCCUGCAGAGUGAAAUACACUUAACAAAACUAUAUAUAAAUUCCAUACUAGUACAUGCAUUACCCAACGGCAGUGGAGAUCUAGUAUUUGUUUGUGAUUACUGUUUUGUAAAUAAUGUUGAUGUGAGUGGGUGUCCCAUGUAUGUCCUUUGUGCUGAGAGCAUUCUGGAGGUUGUGAAUCUUAUUGACACAGGGUUUAAAGGUCAAGGUUAUUAUGACCCUGAUUUUUAAAGGUGAAGGUCGCUGGUAAAGUGGUUACGAUAUCGGCAGAACAGGGUUAAAGUGAACCAGCGAAAUACCCGCUUCUGUCACAGGUGCCCGUGGACAAUGUGAGUUUCGGAUCUUUUAUCGGCAGCUGAAUUUUCCAUCAAUUUGACAAGCAUAAUUCGUACGACGGAAAUGUUGAACUGCACGCCUUACCAAUAAGUCUUUCUUUGUACAAAACGUUGAUGUAACCAAACGCGACCCUCUCAUUGGUUAACGGGAUACUUUCGUAAGGGAUUAUGGGAACAUUGGACGGUCGGAAAUUCGACAUCGUGUCGAUAGAAUGGGUUGUCUUUUGCAUGCUGGAUUAAAUCAUAAUAAUUGUUAAAUAUGUAGUUGAGAGUCUGGUUAUGAAUUCCAUUUGUUAAUUGUUAAGGUGCCUUUGUGGUUUGCAUUGUCAGUACGGACGAGAGUGAUCUGUUAACCGGAAGUGACGUCACAACGUCACAUGGUGCUGUACACAUCAUUACUCGGCCCUAUUGAUGACGCAACACACAAUGAUCAAUCCGUCUAAUAAUGGAACAGCAAAACAUAUUUAUAUAGCGAUAAUAUAGGCACAAAAAGUAUUGUUAUGUCAAUGCACGCGUGUUUGGUCUCGUUUUGAGUCAUGACAAACAAUAAGUGUUUGAUAUGUUUUCAUGACGCACUACCUGCUUCGCUUUCUGAACUAGUAGAUAUUUUCAUAUUGUUACAAUUCUAUGUUUUCUAAACUGUACGUAGCCACAUGGUGCUCUAUAUUUUAGGGUCUCAUAUAAUAAAUGUAUGACCUUUUUGAAAUAAAGAAUU